UCUAAAAGAGAAAAAAAAAAUAUUUCACAAAUUUGUAAACAUAAUGGCAUUGGCAGCCAAUUCGGGAAGUGGGCCAACCGAGUUUUAUGAAGAAAUCGAACCCUUUUGUCGAUGGCAGCGGUUCGAAGAAAUCGACAUUCUUGAGGUCCACCUUCCACAAGGUUCAAAAAAGCAGCACCUGAAGAUACAGGUCAAUAGUCUCGGUAUACUAACGAUAACCGGAGAAUGUCCGGUGGAUCAAACCAAAGCGGUCCGGUUUAGGAAAGAGCUCAAAGUGGCGAAGAAUUGCAAGAGAAAUGAGAUCCGUGCAAAGUUCUCCAGGGGAAUUCUCCACGUGACAAUGCCAAAAUCAAACCCUCAAGCCCAUACCGAGAGUCUAAAGGCGCGAAUUUCCCAAACCCUAAGUCUUAAACCGAACGGUUCAAGUAAACCGGCAGAGGAGACUUCAACUUCAAGGGGAUCAAGCCAAUUCUAUAGCCGGUUUAGCACAUUGAGGCAAAGAUUGUGGAACAAAACAGCGGUGGAGGGCGUGGCGGCGGCUGUGGUGGCGGCGGUCGCCAUUUUCGGAGUGGUCAAGGCCUACGAAUAUUUCACGGCGUCUCCUUUGUGAGAUUUAAUGUUUCAAUAAAACCUUGGAUAUUGUUUUGUAAUUGCAAUAAGAUAAUAAUCAAUGUGUUUGCAUUGA